AUGGCUUCUACUUGCUCUUCCCCCUUUAUUCCCUCCAUGACAACCCUUUUCUUCUCCCUCUCAACCUUUGCUUUCUUCUUACUUUCUGCUAUUUCACCUGUUUCGACUUCUUCUACUUCGUCUGCGUUUACUUCUACCACUACCAUCACUGCUGCUCAACAAACAGAGGCUCUCUUGAACUGGAAAGCCACCCUCCUCCACUCUCAUCUUAUUCUGCCUUCUUGGACACUCACCAAUUCUUCCUCUUAUUCCCAUUCCCAUUCCCACCCUUCCCAUUCCCAUUCCCACCCUUGCAAUUGGGUAGGUAUUGUUUGCAAUCAGCUCGGCAGUGUCUCCCACAUACAACUACCGGAUAUGGGUUUGCAAGGUACGCUCAAAAGCUUCAACUUUACUACUUUCCCCGAUCUUGUUCAUCUUCAACUCACCAACUUUUCUCUCAUUGGUACCAUUCCUUUUCAGAUAAGUAGCCUUUCCAGACUUAGAUUCCUAUCUCUGUCUUACAAUCAACUCUACGGUGAAAUUCCAUCAGAGAUCACUAUGCUAACAAGUCUUCAAUUCUUAUAUCUUGGUGCUAAUCAUCUCAGUGGCUCUAUACCAUCGGGUAUAGGAAAGAUGAAUCAUCUUAUAGAACUAUAUGUGGGUGAAAACAAUCUCAAUGGUUCAAUUCUUGCAUCUUUGGGUGAUUUGUACAAUGUUACUCUUUUAGACCUCUCUGUUAAUUCACUUUCUGGCUCUAUUCCUUCAGAAAUAGGAAACUUGAAAAAUCUGACAAUAUUAUCUCUGUAUCAGAAUAAUUUUUCUGGUCCUAUUCCCUUGGAAAUAGGAAACUUGGCAUCCCUUGUAGAAUUAGAUUUUUCUGAAAAUCUUUUGACUGGUUUGAUUCCCAUCACUUUUGGAAACUUGACCAAGUUAUCCUUAUUGAACUUGCUUGGAAAUCAAUUAUCCGGUAUCAUCCCUGCAUCCAUAGGAAAUUUGAAAAAUCUAAGUGAGUUAUAUAUGUGUAGUAAUUCUCUAACAGGAUCCAUCCCUUCCACAUUUGGGAACCUAACCAAGUUGACCAAGUUAUAUCUGUAUCAAAAUAAUCUUUCUGGUCCCAUUCCUUUAGAAAUAGGAAACUUGAAAAAUCUGAAAACAUUAUAUCUGUAUAAGAAUAAUAUUUCUGGUCCCAUUCCUUCGGAAAUAGGAAACUUGGCAUCCCUUGUAGAAUUAGAUUUUGCUGAAAAUCUCUUGACUGGUUCGAUUCCCAUCACUUUUGGAAACUUGACCAAGUUAUCCUUCUUGUACUUGUUUGGAAAUCAAUUAUCCGGCAUCAUCCCUGCAUCCAUGGGAAAUUUGAAAAAUCUGAGUGAGUUAUAUAUGGAUAGUAAUUCUCUGACAGGAUCCAUCCCUUCCACAUUUGGGAACCUAAACAAGCUGACCAAGUUAUUUCUGUAUAAAAAUAAUCUUUCUGAUCCUAUUCCUUUAGAAAUAGGAAACUUGGCAUCCCUUUUAAAUUUGGAUUUUUCUGAAAAUCUUCUAACAGGUUCGAUUCCCAUCACUAUUGGAAACUUAACCAAGUUAUCCAUCUUGAACUUGUUUAGAAAUCAAUUAUCCGGCAUCAUCCCUGCAUCCAUUGGAAACUUGGCAUCCCUUGUACAAUUAAUUUUUUAUGAAAAUCUUCUGACAGGUUUGAUUCCCAUCACUAUUGGAAACUUAACCAAGUUAUCCAUCUUGAAAUUGUUUGGCAAUCAAUUAUCCGGCGUCAUCCCAGCAUCCAUUGGAAACUUGAAAAGCUUAGUUAACUUGCAACUCAGUCAAAAUAAUUUCUCUGGCAAUUUACCGCAACAACUAUGCAUUGGAGGAUCACUUUCAUAUUUCAUUGCAAAGAACAAUAGUUUCACGGGUCCCAUCCCACAAGGCUUGAGAAAUUGCACAAGCUUAUUGAGAGUCAGACUAGAAAACAACCAACUGGAGGGAAAUAUUUCAGAAGUUUUUGGUUCGUACCCACAUUUGAAUUACAUCGAUCUGAGUAAUAACAAACUCUAUGGUGAGAUUUCACCAAAUUGGGGAAAGUGCCCAAAUCUUACAAGCCUACGGAUGUCGAGGAAUGAGAUUACUGGUAGGAUACCUCUAGAGCUUGUUGGGAAGUCAUCUCAACUACAGAGACUUGACCUGUCUUCCAACCGUUUAUUUGGAGAGAUUCCUAAGGAAUUAGGGGAGAUGAAGGCUUUGUCUAGCCUGAAUUUGAGCGGUAACCAGCUUUCAGGCAGGUUGCCAUCGGAAAUUGGAAAGUUGUCUAACUUAGAAGAUCUUGACUUAUCAGUCAAUAAUCUAAGUGGACCUAUUCCACAGCACCUAGGGGAUUGCUCCAAAUUGAUAUACCUACACUUGGGUAUGAACCGAUUUAAUGGAAGCAUUCCAAACCAAAUGGGUAACCUGAUUUCACUACAAAUUCUAAUGGAUCUUAGUCAUAAUCAACUCUCGGGAGUGAUACCAUCAGAGAUUGGGCAAUUGCAUAGUCUAGAAAUUUUAAAUCUCUCACACAAUAUGCUCUCCGGCUCCAUUCCCCCAUCAUUGGAACAAUUGUUGAGUUUGACAUCCAUUGACAUAUCAUAUAAUGAGUUGGAAGGUCCGAUUCCCGAUAUUAAAGCCUUCAAAGAUGCUCCUAAAGAGGCUUUCACCAGUAAUAAAGCAUUGUGUGGGAAUGCUUCAAAAAAUUUGCCCUCUUGCAGUUCUUCAAUGGUAGAAAAGAGGAAUACUGGAAAGAAGCACAAAUUCAUCAUUUGUAUCUUACUUCCUAUUUUGAGUGUGAUGCUUCUACUAUCCAUAGUUAUAAGAAUUGUUUGGGUUUUUCAUAGAAAGGGAAAGAAAAAGAUUGAAAUGGGACAAACGGAAAGAAUUCAUCAGAUAGAUCUAUUCGCAAUAUAUAACUAUGAUGGUAGAAUUGUGCAUGAAAAUAUCAUUGAAGCCACAGAGAUAUUUGAUGACAAGCAUUGCAUUGGGAAGGGAGGCUAUGGAAGUGUUUACAAAGCAACUUUAUCAACCGGUCAAGUGGUAGCUGUGAAGAAGCUUCAUCCAUUACAAGAAGAUGCUGACAACAUGGUCAACCUAAAGCAUUUUACAAAUGAGAUUCGUGCAUUAACUGAAAUACGACAUCGCAACAUUGUUAAAUUCUAUGGUUUUUGUUCACAUGCACAACACUCAUAUUUGGUUUAUGAAUAUUUGGAAAGGGGAAGUUUGGCGAAGAUCCUAGGAGAUGUGGAGAAGGCAAUAGAGUUGGAUUGGAUCAAGAGAAUAAGUGUAAUUAAAGGUGUGGCCAAUGCGCUAUCUUACAUGCACCAUGAUUGCUCGCCACCAAUUAUUCAUAGAGAUGUAUCAAGUAGCAAUAUUUUGUUGGAUUCAGAGUAUGAGGCUAGUGUGUCGGAUUUUGGCAUUGCAAGGAUUCUAAUGCCCGAUUCAAGUAAUUGGACUUCUCUUGCAGGCACUUAUGGUUAUAUUGCUCCAGAGUUUGCUUAUACAAUGAAGGUGACAGAAAAGUGUGAUGUAUAUAGCUUCGGUGUGAUAACAAUAGAAACAUUAAUGGGAAGGCACCCCAGUGAACUCCUUUCAUCUUUAUCACUAUCAUCAUUGUCAUCAUUGGCAUCAUCAUCAAUUGUGCAGACGAUGAUGUUGAAAGAUGUUUUGGACCAACGGCUCCCUCCUCCCACGACUGAAGUUUAUGGACCGAUGGUUUCUAUGGCAAAAAUCGCAUUUGCAUGCUUGAAUGUUGAUCCCCAAUCUCGGCCAACCAUGAAGCAUGUGUCUCAGGAGCUAUCAUCUCACAAACCAUUUUCUCUCGAGUCAUUUCACACAAUCACAUUAGAAGAAUUCUUGCAUGGAGGAAGAGUACUAGGGUAGCUAUCAGGAAGCUAAUCCAAUCGCUGGCUUCCUUGCUAAAUCAGCAACCAUAUUGGAAACAUUGGGCUGUUUGACUUCUUGGCCAACAUCCUUCGAAGGGGACCUUACGGUUGAUACUCAAUGAAGACCUAGGUUUUAUGUCUGCUAGCUCUAUUUUGAUUUGAUUUUCUUUCAGCUUGUGUUCUCUAGUCGGUUCCCUACUGAUGGCCAUGCCGAAGGCGGGGAUUUGUCUAGUUGAUUUUGUUUGGU